AUGCCGGCCUAUGGGAGGCGAAGUACUGGAGAAAUCUCGGUACCACCGAUCACUUCGAAAGGUGCCGCGUCGCAAUUUGCUGAGUAUGCUGCGCUGCGUAUGGAAGACCCUUCCAGUGUCCCCGAAGAAGGACUCUUGGAUUCGCCUUCGGCUCCUCGCUCUGAUAAGACUGUUCGUUCUGCUCUAGAAGUUCUCAAGUGGAAAAACAAUGUCGAAGCGCCAAAAUCAAAUCAUCGGCCACAGAAGAAGAGGAAGAAUGACGAUAUGCGACAACUUUUCAUUGAUGCUGGGCAACGAGAUUUCAGUGCACGUGCAUGCAAAGUGUGCGGAAUGGUAUUUUGCCCUGGUCUAGAGCCAGAUGAAGCUCUACACAAGAAAGUGCAUGCCAACGCAGUGGAGGGCGUGGAAUUUCGAGGCUUCAGGAACGAGCGGGUCAUAAAGCGAUUUGAUUGCGGAUCUCGGAUAGUUUGCAUUCGUCCCGACGAUCAAGCAUCACACAUAGAAAAGGCAGAGGAAGUCAGAAAUUCUGUCGAACAACAGAUGGGGGGUAUUGACUGCAGCGAACGGCUUGAGUCGAGGUUUCACGCAUACUACUUGCUGAUAUCGCAAAGGAAACGAGUGAUUGGAUACAUAUUAGCGGAGGAGAUCAACAAAGCAUACAAAGCUCUGCCACGGCCUGCAGUAGAAAAUGAGGAAGAUGAGGACGCACUGAUUAUGCUUUCUGAACGCGCAGAAAGAGCUGAAUGUGGAAUUUGCCAAAUUUGGAUUCACAAGAAUCACAGGAGGAAAGGACAUGCAAAAAAGUUGUUGGACAGUGUGAGAGAAAGCUUUCACAACGGCAGCGUUGUUCCUCCUAACUUUUGUGCUUUCUCUCAGCCCACUCCGAUGGGCCACAAGCUGGCAACGCGUUAUUUCGGAACGAGCGAGUAUUUAGUGUACAAGCUCGUCGAUGGACCAUAUUCAUAG